AACCACAUGUACGCGUGGAAUGCAUUCAUGUAUACACUUUCACCCCAGUUGUAGGCCUCUUUUAAAAGUCGCUUUGAAUACUAUAUAUAGCGAGUCAGAAUCAGGGGGGAAACGUCGACGGCAACCACCUGUAAAUACAUACAAGAUGUCAAGCUCGAGAAAAUUGGUCGAACUCUUCUAUGAUGUCGUUUCUCCAUAUUCCUGGCUGGGAUUUGAGGUGCUGUGUCGCUAUAGGACCAUAUGGAAUCUCGAUCUCAAACUUCGCCCCGCCUUUCUGGGCGGAGUCAUGAACGCGUCAGGUAACCGCCCACCAGCAGUGAUCCCUAAUAAGGCCGUCUACAUGAUCACAGACCUGAACAGACUGGCUCAGUACUUCCAUAUUCCAUUGCACCAGCCUGGGAACCCUUUUGAGGUCAUGUUUGAGAAAGGUUCUCUCCCUGCCAUGCGCUUUCUGACAGCUGUGGCGGAGAAGGACGCGUCUGGGGGUGACGCCGUGGUGGAGAAAGUGUCCCGAGAGCUCUGGAACCGCAUCUGGAGCACCGACCAGGAUAUUACCCAGCCAGCCUCCUUCUCCGAGGCAGGUCUAAAGGCAGGUCUCUCAGCCAGUGAGGUGGAAGAACUGAUCAAUCUAGCCAAAUCUCAACCAAUCAAAGACCGACUGAAGAGCACCACGCAGGAAGCGAUAAACUACCAGGCGUUUGGUUUUCCUCUCAUUGUGUGUCACGUUGACGGGAAGCCGGAGGUCUUCUUUGGUUCCGAUAGAUUUGAGCUCCUGGCUCACUGCAUUGGAGAAAAAUGGCUGGGUCCUCAACCUGAGAAACCCUUCUCCAAAAUGUGACUGACUUAAUGUUACAGGCUGCAUAGUUACCUUUGCACUAAUAUCACUGUGAUAUUGGCACCUUACAAGCUUGAGUCUUUCACUGUGUUGGAACAUCCUUAGUUCAUUUAAAUGAACAUCUCCACUGUGGAUGAAGGCUUAUGCAAUAAACCAUUUGCAUACAU